CGUAUUCGAAAUAAAACAAACAUUUGUUUUUUGUGAACCUUAAAGAUGGUAUAUCACAAAUCGAUCGGUUCCUCAAUUAUUUACACUCCUUUUGGGAUCUUGGAGCUACUUUGUGGCCGGCCGUGCUUCCAUCCUGUUCAUCCCAGCGCAGCCCAUCCCUCUCUCGGCUCGGUGGGCGUGGUAUGAGUUGGGAAAACAAACUGCAGACACUCUACGAUACUUCCUCACCCUGCAUCAGUUGAGUUUCCCCGCGGCUCCUCGUCAGCUGGGCCGUGCGUAAAUCCCCAAGAGUCGAGUUGCGCCUUUCUAUCUUUCCUCCCCAAGUGUGGCUUUGCGGGGCGGUCGUUGCGCAGGUUCCACCAGGAACGACUGGCAACGUCCCCGAACAGCACUACUUUGAUUUGUAUCAAAUGGAGCGAGCGGACUGCACCAGCACUGAGAGCCAAACGCCGACAGCACUUUGAACAGACAAGCGAUCAGGAGCCGUCAUGUUCUAGUGACAGACGGCAGUUGUAGAGCAAGAAGAGACAGCACACCCUGGCAAAUAUGAGCGGCGGUGAAAUCAUCUUCCAAGGCUGGCUGAGGAAGUCACCUCCGGAGAAAAAGCUGAGGAGAUAUGCAUGGAAGAAACGCUGGUUCAUACUCCGCAGCGGCCGCAUGAGUGGUGACCCUGAUGUUCUCGAGUACUACAAGAACGACCACUCCAAGAAACCCAUCAGGGUCAUCGACCUGCACUGCUGCGAGCAGGUUGACGCCGGCCUGACCUUUAAGAGGAAGGAGUUCCAGGACAGCUUCGUGUUUGACAUCAAGACCUCAGACCGCACUUUUUAUCUCGUAGCUGAGACUGAGGAGGAGAUGAACAAGUGGGUCCGUUCCAUCUGCCAGCUGUGUGGGUUCAACCAGUCAGACGACAACCACGAUGGCAGGUUGCACCAUAUGCCCCGUUCUGUGGGAGCAGAUGUCAGCGGCUCAAUGGCUCCCCUGACCGGAGAUCGCAAGCCGUCGGCCCCCAUCCACUCCAGCCAGCCAGUGCUCUUCACCUUUGAUGUGCCUGUGCGCCACUCACACCACGGCUCCCUGUCCAACAGUGCUCCCCAGGACUACCUCCUCCUCCACCAGUGCAUGAGCAGGAAGACAGAGAGUGCACGGAGUGCCAGUUUCUCCCAGGCCACAAGAAGUAAUCUGUUUAUGGGGAGUGACACUGCGGUGCAGAAACUCUCCCAUGGCUUCUCCCACUGCCUGAACGGCAUGGGUGCUCAGCUGCACGGCUUCUACAGCCUGCCAAAGCCAGGCAAACACCAGUUACCGGGACAUGAGGACUCUGAGGAGGCAUGUUACGUGCUUCCUCGAGGUUUCAGCUCCGAGGCACCGGCUCACAGCGGACUGGGUGAGCCGGACCUGGAGAACGAGGAGCUUUAUACCUUCAAAACGCCCUGCAAUGCACUUGCCACCAUGCACAGCAACGAACGUGCACAUGACAAUUAUGACCUCCCUACAACACCUGGCUCCUUUUACCAGAUCCCUCGGACGUUUGAUAAGAAUCACAAUGCCUUGACACCCUCCAGCUCGGAGUCCUCCUGCGCUCCUCCUCCCAGGCCCCCUAAACCUAGCCAGGGGUCAGAGGGGCCGUUUGGGAGCCCCCACUCAGUAGGGAGCCAGAACGGAGAUGUGACGACUGCAGUGUCGGUUAUCCCUCGCAGGAAUACUCUUCCUGCUGUCGAGAACAUCAGGCUGCACCGAGGCUCCUCGUUUGAAACUAACAGCCAUCACCGUCCCAUUCAUUUCAACAACUCAGGCCAGUCUGUGGAGUCUGUCAAUGAUGGGUUCAGCUCCUACCUGAGAACCAAAGCGCCUCUGACUCGCUCAGACAGCGGCAACUCGGAUGACAACUAUGUGCCCAUGAACCCCGGCUCCUCGCCACUCAGCGCUGCCCAGGCUGACAGUCCUAAGAAUAACUACAUCCCAAUGAGCCCGGGGCCACAUCACUUUGAUUUCCCAGGAUUCUCUGCAACGUUACCUGCCCGUAAGGGGAGCAGCGCCUCCCUGUGUCACCGGCCCAGUCGCCUCAGUGAUGUCACACCACCACCCGUCAACCGCAACCUCAAACCUAACAGGAAAUCGAAGCCAACACCUCUUGAUUUGAAGAACAAUGGGAUCAUUGAUGAGCUGCCAUUUAAGAGCCCAGUCACCAUGUCCUGGACACGGCCCAUGCCUGCAAUGAACUCUAUGUCCUCCCAGCAUUGUCGACCUAUCUCUACACAAAGCAUCACCAGCACUGACUCUGCAGACAGUGAGGAGAAUUAUGUGGCUAUGCAGAACCCAGCGUCUACCUCCCCUGCCGUGAGCGGCACCAGCAGCCCGGCCCUUAGGAAGUGUGGCAACGUGGACUACUUAGCGUUGGACUUCCAGCCUGGAUCACCCAGCCCACACAGAAAACCCUCUACAUCCUCCGUGACCUCUGAUGAGAAGGUGGACUACGUGCAGGUGGAUAAGGAGAAGACCCAGGCGCUGCAGAGCACCAUGCAAGAGUGGACCGAUGUGCGGCAGUCUACUGAACCUGCUAAAGGGGUCAAGUCCUGACACUGACCUGUACAAAACAAUAACAAAGAAAUGAAACAAAAACCCAACCUUAAGUCAAGCAUCACUAGUAUCGCAUUUCUAUCACCAUGAGUUCUGGUUGGGCUUGUUUAAGACUGAAACAUUUGGACAGAAAGCCAUAACCUAUCCUAUGCCUGUUCUCUGUGAUGAUUUUUUACUGCAAUGCACUGCUAACACGCAGGAUAUCAGGCCAUACAGUUGAAGCUCUGCCAAAGCUCUUCAUGCAGACUGUUAUAUAGCGGUCUACGGAUAUUUGAUAAUGUGUAUAAAGAAUGUCAUCCUUACUCAUCAAUCUAUCCUUUAUAAAUGAAGUGUUCCAUCAAAGCUGUCUCACCCUCUGCAAACAGUUUGCAUCUAGCAGGUAAUUUACCCAAUUGCUGCCAUUUUAAAGAGUAGCAGAGGCUAACUGGUCGAUAACCAUAUUAAUAUACUGCGAGAGAACGCUUACUGGUCUCAGGAAUGCCAAGAUGCACUCCAAUUUUGGCAUGCAGGCUGACUCUCUCUUUUCACUUCAAUCUAUCAUUUGUGCUGAGUCUUGCAGAAGCAGUGAAGAGAUUAUUUUCACUGCGGGCAAUCAUUUCAGCUUAGCAGUGCAUGUCUGGUAAGGAGAAGGGGGGGAAAUAUAGCCCUACAAAUACGUAAAGGCCUGUGUCAGAAGCCCUAAUGAUGACUGUAAAAGGCUGUUGCCUGGGUUUCAAUUAGGCAUGUGCCCAAACCAUGUUUAAUAAAAGCUGGCAGGCCAAUUAUUUCAAUGCAGGUACAUAGUCAGUAAUGCACUGAAUGAAAAAGGCAAGACCGGAGAAAAUAAGCAGUCUCUUUGACUUUAGCUGUCAGUUCACUUCAGGUAAUAUUCUAAUGCAUUUUGUUGUAAAUGUGCACUGACCAAGAACAUUAUUGAGUAAGAUGAAGUAAAAGUAAAGCAUUUCCAAUAGUUCAGAUAUCCCCUAUCUUCUCUAUCUCUCCCUAGAGACCAUAAAUACAAGCUGAGCAGAAGGAUAAUAGCUUAUUUCCCCAUAAUUCACAAUCUUUCACUGAUGUAUGUCUCCGGUCUUUGAUAUUCCACACACUACAGAUAUGUCUCUGAAGAGUAAUUGUUUCCUGUAUGUAAAUUAUUAAUAGAAUGACAUAUUUGCAGCACAUCUUGUUGACUGUUUGAUGCACUUGUCUGAGACAAAAGGUGCGCUACAGUAAUGUUACAUUGUGCUUUUCCUGCCACCUGCCACCAUGAAGAUUUGCCAGGGAUCAGUCACUUAAAGAAAAUAGUUUAGGAAAGAAUGUUUUUUUCUUAAUUUCCUAAACUCUUUUAUUUGUUUAAUUUGCCUUACAUUUUCAUUUCAGUUUUGACUGUACAUUUUGCCUUGGAGAAAUUGAAUUGUUCACAAUAUUAUUCAAUUGAGAGCCAUAUUGUAUUUAGGGCAACUGAAUGAUCAGUUGGUAGUUCAACUUAAGUCCAGUAUUUCAUUGUGGGCUGGAACCACUGAAGGGUUAAUAACCUGUUUGAUCUUUUUAUGAAAAGUGUGGCCAAGCAGUGCUGGAUGGUAUUAUUGAUUAUUACAUUAAGAUUCACUUCUUAAUGUUUUUCUACCAUUUUUACUGCUUUUUGUAUUCUUUUUAUCAUCAUUUUUUUACUGAUACGUGUAAAGCAAGUGACAUUAAUGAGGAUGGGGUCAGGCUAAAUUAAGCUAAGUUUGUUACAGUGUUUUUUCUUUUUUUUUAUUCCCAACAUUGAAUUCUUAUGAUCUAUACAUGAAAUGGGGAGGCUGGCAGUUUGAGUUGCACUGGCAGAGGCCUUCCCUGGUGAACUGUGAUUCACAAAGAGCGAAAGCGAGAGAGGAAAACAAAGACUGAAGAAAAGCCUGUCUCCCUGUCAGUCUCUGAAGUGAAAUGGAUGUGUAAUUUAUUAUCUAGAGAUACCCGUUGUAAGCAGAAGAGCUGUGUAUGUGUUGUGGUAGAUUGUGAGUUGUAGUAUGUUAAAUGACAGCCUGAGAUUGAAAACACUGCUCAGAUCUACUGUCAGACUGUCACUGGGUGGACGUACUGUACUUGUAGAGAUCGUUUUUUUUAACCACUGUUAUUGCUACUACUGUAAAGCAUUUGCAGAUUGCUUGUGUGUUAAUUUAUUAAUUUAUUGUGCAUUUUGCAGUCGACACUUAUAAAAAAGAAAGAAAACAACCAAACAAGGAAACCCUCUCUCUACUAACAUUGAUGUAUGCAAACUGUCUUGAUUUUGUGAAGCAAUAUGACAGACGAUGCCAGUGUCAUGGUGAUGUGGUACAGUUCGUUUGGGAUACAACACUGUUAUUCCUGUAUUACGGUAGACCUUAACUGUUGACAUAGAAUAAAUCAAGAAGUGAAAGUUUGGCGUUUUGGUUUCUCUUUAAACAUGAACCAAAACACUGUUUUCUGGCAGCCAAUGAUGCCAUUACUCAUCUCUUACCCAUACAUUCCCAAUUGGUGCUGUCAUGCUCAGAUGUUGAAUGUCUGCUGCCCCCUGUUGUGUAGGACAGCAGCUGCAUUAAUAAAGUACAUUGAUAAAUGGA